CACAUUUACCAUUCAAAGAACCUCUCCUCUCAAUAAAACAUCAGAAUCCUUAUCCCCAACGUCGAUCUUUGGGAACGUCCAUUGAUCUUUGCCCAUCUCUGACCUUCCCCCAUAUAGUCUCUAUCUCUCUCUACUACUUUGCUACUUUUAUUUUGUUCAUUUUCUUCUUGUCUGAGUCUCCAUAUCCGAACCGCGUGCCGACCAUAUCUGCCUCUCUCUCUCUCUCUCUCUCUCUCUCUCUACUCGAGAAGCACGCUGCCAUAGAAUCCCACCACUGCCCAACACCAACUUCAGAACUAUAUAUAAAAGCCACGCAAAUUACCCAUUUCAGAGACAGCCAAAGCAGAAUUAACAGUUUCCGAGAAGUCUCUGGCGAUGUCUAUAACUGAUCCUUGUAACUGAAAACGCCGACCCAUUUCAGAAAAACUUCUUCGAAAGCAUACCCUUAUUCGUUUUUGGCUUUUCCGCUGACUAGCAUGAGAAAAACCAGAGGCUUCAGGCUCGGACGCAAGCUGGUGAAGGUCUUCAAAUGGAUAAUCCGUCCCAGAAAGAACCCCAGAAGGUACUGCCACGUGGACCCUCCCAACCGGGACGGAACCCUCAACCCCUUGUCCAAAAUCCUCUCCUUGGCACGGUGUUUUCGACGUGGAGCAAAGGGACUAUGCUUUCCCAAGUCGCAUCCGGAUUACAUCCGGGUGGGUCAAGACCCGGUGGAAACAACAAGAAAGCCAGCGGCUGGGGGUGUACCGAAAGGGCACUUGGCCGUGUACGUGGGCGAUCCCGACGACGACACUCAUAGGUACGUGGUGCCUGUGAUAUAUUUCAAUCACCCGCUGUUUGGGGAGCUGUUGCAGGAAGCCGAGAAGGUAUACGGGUUCCAUCAUCCUGGAGGGAUAACCAUACCGUGUGGGGUUUCCGAGUUUGAGAGCGUGCAGACUCAGAUUGCCGCCGGUGAACGCCUCCACCGCAGUAGGUGGAGUCGACCGUAGUAACUUAGUCCUAAUGAAGAUUGGGCAAAUGCCAUGUCAAAAUGAUUUUGAUUUUGAUAGAAAUCUAAAUAUAUACUUGUUGAUUUUUGUGAAUAUUGGAUGCAAAUUUAGUUCUAUCAAAAGCAAAGUAGAAUGAUAAUUUU